AGGAGUUUAAUAGUGUACUGUAUUGUUGGGUUCUUAGAGACCUGGAUUGCAAAUAAAAGUGCAAAAUGGACUAUUAAGGAGUAUUAGUACUAAAAAAACAAACAAAAAACUUGCUGAUUGGCCUGUUAGACUGGUUUGCAUUAGCAGCAGGUCUACAGUAGGCUGAGGUUGCUGCCUGUACUUUGUUUCUUACAUCAUACGCUGAUGAGUCAGAGGGACGGACAAACAAGGACCAGGAACAGGCUGGUGUAACCCAGAGUCACCUCAGCCUCAGCAAGAAGCAGGAAAACAUAUUCAGAGAAGGAAGGCUUCUCACAAAACCAGACCGAGGAGGAAGUGGAGGGAUGACUGAGGACUUGGAGGAGCAGGAAGACGAGCUGCUCGCUCUCCAGAGUAUCUUUGAUGCGGACGAGUUUGUUUGGGACGAGUCGAAGUCUGCCGGAGAAAUCCGAGUAUGUGUCGAGCUUCCUGUCGGCUUCAGCGUGGCUCUCAGAGAGGGUGAAAGUCUGCGUCAGUAUGAUAUUUCCUUCCUUCCACCGCUGCUUUUGAACUUUGGACUUCCUGAGGACUACCCCUCCUCCUCCCCUCCCUCCUUCAGCCUCACCUGCAGCUGGCUGACUCACACACAGUUGGCUGCACUGCGCGCCCAUCUCGCGGAUCUCUAUGAGGCCACUGGGGGCGCUGUGGUGCUCUUCUCCUGGGUGCAGUUUCUCAGAGAAGACGCUCUGAGGUUCCUGAACAUCCACAGUAAGCUGGAUCUUCCUCCUGAUGAACGCAGCACCCUGCAUUAUAACCAGGACCAACACGAUGCUGAACUCUCAGAACCAAAGAACAAUUCAGAGGCAGAGUUCUCUGCACCAUCCUCGGAAAUUCAGGAGAAUCCUUCAGACGGGAGCCGCACAGACUCUCAGGGAGCUUCGGCUUUAGACUCCUGCAAGCAUGACCAGAAUGAUUUGAACUCUCACACGAGCCAGAGUGAUGUAACUUCAGAUUAUCAAAGAGCUCUUUCUCCAGAGCCUGCACUCCAAAACCAAACCACACACACUCCAGAUGUGACAAUCCUCCAAGCCUCAGAGUUUAAGGUUGAUCCCCAGGAUGAUCUUUCUUCAUCUGCAGAGAAAUCCAAGCAUCAUCAAAGUGGCCGGGAAGAUUUCUUAAAUGAAGGAGAUGCUUCUCUCUCAUCGCUGCUUCCCUCUACCUCCUCAGGCACGUUAGAGCCAAGUGAACUUGGAGCUGCUUCUCUGCCGGUCCACCCCACAGAUUCUCCUCAGAGUGAAGAGCAAACCCUCUCUGGUCUCUUUUUAACUCCAUCACAGACUCUGCUGUCCCACAUUUUGAUCUGUGAUGCGGCCCAGAAACACAAAGUGUUUGCCACCACCGUCUUUGACUGCGGGGUUUGUUUUAUGGGCCGACUUGGGUCCGAGUGCGUGAAGCUGUCACCGUGUGGCCACGUCUUCUGCCGGGCCUGUCUCUGCGAGUUCUGUACGGUUCAGAUCACAGAGGGGAACGUCCAGGGUGUCACCUGUCCUCAGGCAGACUGCGCUGGUGCCCCUACACCUGCACAGGUGCAGAGUCUGGUAGGGGAGAAGCUGUUUGACCGCUAUGACCGUCUCCUGCUGCAGAAGACUCUGGACAGCAUGUCUGAUGUGACGUACUGUCCUCGAACAUCCUGUGGCUCUGCUGUGAUUUUGGAGAAGUCCAGCAAGGCAGCGCUUUGCUCUGAGUGCGGCUUUGCCUUCUGCGUCAUAUGCAGAAAAACCUACCAUGGAACGGGGAAGUGUGAGACCAAGAAAAAAUAUGCUGAAAGAUAUAUAAUAGACCUGCCACAGUCACAAGAGGGGAUGAAGGCUCUCUGGGAGGACUAUGUCAGUGGCAGCAGGGAGAGGAAGCGCCUGCUGGAAAACAGAUAUGGCCGCAAUUUACUGGUGUCCAUUAUGGAAAAAAGCCUAAGUGACAACUGGAUUGCCAACAAUAGCAAGAGUUGUCCUGAAUGCUUCACUAGAAUAGAGAAGGAUGGAGGGUGUGACCGGAUGAUGUGCACUCGCUGUAAGAAGAUUUUCUGCUGGAACUGCCUCACCAGACUGACUCCAGAAACCGAACACUUUUAUGGGGGUCAAUGUUCUUCCUAAUUCUAACCUCCCCUGCUAUCAGCUACUUGAAUGUUGUUUUUUUUUUUGCAUUUUUAAAUAUUUACUGUCUACAUCUUUAAAGAAAACCUGUAUAAAAGCACACAAGACAGCAGUUAUUUUAAAAUGUUUUUCUUUGUCAGAAAAUGGAAAAAUUGAUAUUUUACAUCCUGUUACCACGGGUUUCUACUCUUGCCUUAAAAGUCAUUCCCAAAUGAUACCGUAUGUCAUACUGUCUCAUAGUCAGCAGGGGGCACUAAAAACAGGCACAAAAACCAAACUUUUGGUUCCUUAGAAAACACAGAGAUUGCCCUCUUUGGCUGUUUUAUUUGCCUUAGGCCGCAAUGAAGCAUUUAUACCAAAGGUGUAUGUUCUAACUCAUUAUAAUUUGUGGCCUUUACUGUCAACAUACUGAUCAGUUAUUCUUUCAGUUAAUGGACAAAGUAUGUGGUCAGAAAACAGACACAUUUUCCAGAACCCUGUUUUUUUAAACCAGCAGUUCAAAAACACAAGUUUCUUUUUCUACUGAUGAACCAAAUUAACUGAGCAAGUAUUUCCCAAACUGAUGAAUUCCUCUGCUUUUAGAUGUGUGCUGCUGUUAAGUACUGCUAUGGCACAAAAAUGCUCUGUGCAGUCAUUAUCACUGUAACGUUUGAACUCUGAGGGAAAAGACAGGUUCACACUGCCACAGAUAUAUGCAGCUGCAACAACUACAGGUAAAGCUUCUGACCUUGACGUGCAUGUUUCAUUUCAAUUCCAGCAGCAGCCUACAGGUAGAUCCUGAACAUUUGGCUUCUUUCCCCUUCCUCCGCUGCCCUGUGAUGACAGUGGAACAAAGAUGCCAGCAUGUUUGAUUUUCCUGUCUGUCCAGGAAAAAUCCUACUUCCUCAUCACUUCCUCAUAAAUGUCUAAACAGCAGUUUGCCUUUAUAACCCACUGAAGGAGACUGCACAAUGCAAGAAUAGUUUUUAAUUGUAUCAGUUACACCUUUAUUUUUCCUGCUAGCACAAACAAAAUACAUGCUUCAUUAAAAAAAGACACAUUUACUAACUCUCCAGACUGGAACCACUGUAGCUCCAAAAAUGCAGGCUCAUCCUUUAGUUAGAACACCUUGAAACAUGGCUCCAUCACCUCCCCCUCAACCCCAACUGGUCACAGCAGAUGACUUAUUCUUCCGAACUUGGUUCUGCUGGAGGAUUCUUCCUGUCAAAAGGGAGUUCUUCCUUCCCACUGUUGCCAAGUGCAUGCUCAUGGGCGUUCAUCUGAUUGUUGGGAUAUUCUCUGUAGGAUCUUUAACUUAUGGUAUAAUAUACUUUGAAGUGACUGUUGCAGGGGUUUGGCACCACAUAAAUAAAACUGAGUAAAUUGGAAAUCAGUUUGAAAUUUCUAGAAAAUUUAUACUGACACAUACAGUGUGUAUUGGAAGGAAAUCUUAGAUAAAGAAGCAUGAAUUCACAGAAAACUAAAGCAACUG